AGCGAGCCAGCCGAGAGCUAGCGAGCGCGGGAGCAGGGAGCCGGCGGGUGCGCGUAGAGCCGCAGCGGCGGGCCGGCGGGGACGUGGGAAGCGGGACCUGGACUUCGGGACCCCAGCUGUCCCUGCCCCGCCCCGCCCCGCCCCGCUCUCACCACCAGCUCUGGCAGAACGGUCCGGAACAUCCCAGGCUGUCCCCUCUGCCACCAUGAGGAACAUUUUCAAGAGGAACCAGGAGCCCAUUGUGGCUCCUGCCACCACCACCGCCACGAUGCCCAUCGGACCCGUGGACAACUCCAACGCCACUGAGAGCGGGGGUGCUGGGGAGAGCCAGGAGGACAUGUUUGCCAAACUGAAGGAGAAGUUUUUCAAUGAGAUCAACAAGAUUCCCUUACCCCCCUGGGCCCUGAUCGCCAUUGCUGUGGUUGCUGGGCUCUUGCUCCUUACCUGCUGCUUCUGCAUCUGCAAGAAGUGCUGCUGCAAGAAGAAGAAGAACAAGAAGGAGAAGGGCAAAGGCAUGAAGAACGCCAUGAACAUGAAGGACAUGAAAGGGGGUCAGGAUGACGACGAUGCAGAGACAGGCCUGACUGAGGGGGAAGGGGAAGGAGAGGAGGAGAAAGAGCCAGAGAACCUGGGCAAACUGCAGUUUUCCCUGGACUAUGAUUUCCAGGCUAAUCAGCUUACUGUGGGCGUUCUGCAGGCUGCUGAACUGCCUGCCCUGGACAUGGGAGGCACCUCAGACCCUUACGUCAAGGUCUUCCUCCUUCCAGACAAGAAGAAGAAAUAUGAGACCAAAGUCCAUCGGAAGACAUUGAACCCUGCCUUCAAUGAAACCUUCACCUUCAAGGUGCCAUACCAGGAGCUCGGGGGCAAAACUCUGGUGAUGGCCAUCUACGACUUUGACCGCUUCUCCAAACAUGACAUCAUUGGAGAGGUAAAGGUGCCUAUGAACACAGUGGACCUUGGCCAGCCCAUCGAGGAGUGGAGAGACCUGCAAGGUGGGGAGAAGGAGGAGCCAGAGAAGCUGGGCGACAUCUGCACCUCCCUGCGCUACGUGCCCACGGCUGGGAAGCUCACCGUCUGCAUCCUGGAGGCCAAGAACCUCAAGAAGAUGGACGUGGGUGGCCUUUCAGACCCCUAUGUGAAGAUCCACCUGAUGCAGAAUGGCAAGCGGCUCAAGAAGAAGAAGACAACCGUGAAGAAGAAGACCCUGAACCCGUACUUCAAUGAGUCCUUCAGCUUCGAGAUCCCCUUUGAGCAGAUUCAGAAAGUCCAGGUAGUGGUCACUGUGCUGGACUAUGACAAGCUGGGUAAGAACGAAGCCAUAGGUAAGAUCUUCGUGGGCAGCAAUGCCACGGGCACAGAGCUGCGGCACUGGUCCGACAUGCUGGCCAACCCCCGGAGGCCCAUCGCCCAGUGGCACUCGCUCAAGCCUGAGGAGGAGGUGGAUGCACUCCUGGGCAAGAACAAGUAGACAGCAGCGGCUGGGACCCCACACCUUCCGCGGACACUGACGAGAUCCAGAGCUAUCAAUACCUCAGUUAUGCGACCCUAGAGGUUUUCUUUCUCCUUUAAUUUGUUGGCGGUUGCGUCCUUGUUUUUCCUUGUUUUUCUCUUUUUAAAGACCAGCUUCCCUUUGGUGGCUGUGUGAGGAGAGUCCCCUAAGAGGUGAAAGACAAGCCUGGCUCUGUUCAUGGUCCCAGGAGCUGCCCUUGCUGCAUGCCCCGUCACAGUUUCCCCUACUCUUUCAAAGCUUCGCAUCUGCCUCACCCCAAGCGAGGCCCUCUACUGGCACAAACUUGCAGCACUUCCUGUUUUUUGAGCCUUUUGGACCAACAAAAUGGCGGCACAUCCUGCUUCCUGACAGGGAAGGCAUCACAGUGGCCAAUGAUCCGUGUGUGUGUGCGUGCGUGCGCGUGCGUGUGUGUCUUUGAGCAUCUCUCUUCAUUCCUGGAAUGAGCCAUGGACAGUGAAGUGUGGGAAAAGAAGGCUCUUUGGGGACCCUGACAUGAAGGAAGUCCACUAAGUGGGAGAUCUCCUCUCAUCUAUGGCAAAGUCUCAGGAUCCUGCUCAGAUGCCGGAGCUUUCAUACUCCUGUUCAUGGCUAUUUGGGAGGCAGCAAGAUGUGAAGACUGGAUGUGUCCAGAACUAGGACCAAACCCCUGACGCCAUCAAAGACUUCCUCCUGCCAGUCAUGGGUUCCCCAGAAGUGUGGUUCCUGGGACAUUCAUGGAUAUGAGCUAUUCACUAAUUUGGUCAGACUCUGGCAGGGACUGUCAGUCCCAAAAUCUCACUCUUAUUGACAGUAAAUAUCGAACCUUGAAGAAACAGAAGUCCCAUGACGAGAAAGACUAAAAUUAAACUCCUGGAUCUUCAUCCCAUCCAGUGGGAAACACAGAUGCUUUCUCCUUUUCCAGAAUAUAAGCAGUCCGGUUCAUUUGCAUUUAUUCCCCAUUGCGCUUUUGCUUCUGUCUCUCUUUUAAGUGGAGCAGCACUCUCUGAAGACACGUUAUCUGUGCAGAGCCAUAGGACUUUGAAAGGAAAGUUUAAAUGUUCUUAGUUGCCCUGAGGUCCAGGUAAGAAGGGGGUGAUAAGAAGAGGAUGGGGGACAGAUGUCUAAGAUUUCCUGGGAUGAGAUAUAGGAGAGCACUGGAAUUCCCCCAAACUCCCACUCCUUGCUUCCUGGGCCCUCUGCCCUCCACGCUGGAGAGCUGAUAGGUAGCUGGAGUGGCCCAGGGAGACCUAUGGGGAGGCCCUGUCCUACCACUGGGGGCUUCUCUCUAUGAAAUCUAAAAAACAAAGGGCAUCCAUUCCAAAUGAGUAGCAGAGGAGACCUGCCAGGGUUUCUGCCCAUGCUCAGUUGUAGCCCAUUCCCUGUUCACCUUUUGUCCCCAGCACUGAUAUAAAAGCCAUAUAUAUAUUAGUCAGGUUUGCACUGAGUCUUCUUCCAAACCUUCAGCCUGGACAAGAGAGUGAGGUCCCCUUGUGGCCAGAGGCCAGCCCUCUUUGCCUCCCUUCCUUUGGCCUCUCUCUUCCAUCCAUGAAGCCCUUAGGCCCUUGCCAUUUUUUCACCACAGAAGACUCACGGCUUCUCCAGAAGCCUGAGUAUCUCUCUUUCCCAGCACAAAUGGCAGCAUUUCCAUCCUGCCACAUCUGGGCCACUUCAGCUUCCUGUAGACACCUGAGACAGAUGGACGGUGUUGAGGGAAUCAGGCUUUGAGGGCCCAGCAUGAAAAAGGUGCAGAGUGUCUUUUUAUUUUAUUUUAAAAAUAGGGAAGGGGCUUUUGGUUUUGCUUUGUUUUUUGGCUGAAGGAGUGAGGGAAGUGAGGGAAUACCCUCACCAGAAACAGCCUGAGAAGCCUGCCUGUCUCUCGGAGAUCCUUCUUUGUCUUGUUAGUGGUACAUGGAAGUUACAUUUUUACUGGUGUGUGUGUGUGUGUGUGUGUGUGUGUGUGUGUACACGUGUGUAUUUAAUGAUCAGGAUUAUGAGCUGUGGUCCUUGGGACCAAAGGUUUGGUCAUGGUAGAGAGUUGUAGGACAAUCGGGUGCUUUCAGAAGCUGGGUGGCCACAGAGUGGGAUUUCUUGAUAUGGACAUCAGAAAUCACUGGACUCUUCUCCCAUCCCCAGAGUUGUGGGAUUUUGGUGCUUUCUCAGGGUCUCUCCCCAGACUCAUUUUCCUUACCCAUAUCCCACAGAUUCACUCAUGGAGACCCCUUUGCCAAUAUCCCCUCUACCAUUAUUCCUUUCCCAACCCACCUUCUACCACCUGAGAUUCUUUUCCACUCAUGAGUUUCAUUCAGCCCUUCCAAAGCCCAAGAUUUGCACUUCCUUAACCAGGAGGAAAGGCAAUGGUAGGAGCCUCUGAUGGUCUGGGUGUCCAUGUGCCUGGUGACCAGGGCUGGAUUUUAUUACUCUGAGUCCACUGUUAGUGAGCAGCCUUGAGGGGUGGGGACAGGUUGCUGAGUGACUUUGAAUCUUGGCACCAGUGUGGAGCCAGUGUGGGUGUGGGGAGCAGUGCCUUCCCCAGGUCCCAGCUGGUCCUGACGUGCCACCUAGCGGAUGACAUCUGUCUUGGUCCAUGGGCUUGGUGGGAACAUGCUUCUGCUUGUAGUUUUCUGCACCUGAGGGCUGAUGUAGCUCAAACCACAGGGCACCAUGCCAAACACUCCCUGCCAGGCUGGUUUAUUUCUGGGGAUGUCAGGGUACUGGGGUGUAGGCACUAAGCAGGAUCUAGAGUUAGGGUGUCUGGCUAGCAAUGAGUUCUGGACGCCUCUGGGGCUAUGAGUUUUCAUCUCAAGGUCUGUUCCGGAGAGAGGAAAGUAGCAUAGAGUGAUUUUUAGAGAGGCUGAGACCAUGAAAACCCAAACCUAAUCCCCACCCAGAAACUGGGGUAAGGUCUGAAAGCUUGUUUUCUUCUUCCUCCCUGAAUAAUUGUUCCAGAAAGGUCACCCCUCUAGCCAGUGCUAGAGGCAGAUUUUUGGACUUUGGAAGUGGAAGCUGAGGCCUGGGGGAGGCUGGGUAAAGAAUGCUGGGGCAAUCCUAGACAGUAGGCAGAUACUUGGCAUGAAUGUGAAGUGACUUUUCUGGAGUCCCUCAGCUGAAGGAUGAGGCAGCAGGGAUUAGGCCACAGCCUCAGAUCCUGAUCUUUUUUUCUUCCUAGGAAAGCAUACAUAACUUUUGUCUCUGCGGAAUCAGUGUGGCAUGGUUUUGCUGGCCCAAGGCUUCAGCGAGAGGGAGAAGAGGGGUCGCUACAGCCCUCCUGCGGGUAAAACCAGCUCUCUUAGAAACCUGUCUCCAUGCAGUGGGGUGGGGGCAAGGGUGGGUGAUAGCAAAGAGGUUGAGAAAACUCCCUGGGAUUGGGGAGUGAGAGCUUCCGUGUUCCCUUAAUGUCCUAGGCUAAUUCAUAUGGCAUCUAAGUCCUGGGUCUCACCCAACCUCAGAGAGAGAAAGCCUGUCCCUGAUGGUAUCCCCUCCCCCUCAAAGAUAGAGAUUGAGCCAGGAACUGCCCUCACAUCCUCUCCUCUGCCCCUUCCCUUCCCUCUCCUCUGCCCCUCCCACCUAAAGCUGUUUGGGGUGCUUUCUCAGAGCCCUGGGUGGUGGCAGGCAGGGAGGAGUCCCAAGUACUGAUCCUGGUGGCCCAGAGCCCCAUACUGUGGUUGCCAGAUUUGGCAAAUAAAAAUACAGGAUGGCCAGUUACAUUUGAAUUUCAGAUAAACAAUGAACAAUUUUUAAGUGUAAGUAUGUCCUAGGCAAUAGUUGGGGCAUAUUAUACUAAAAUAUAAUUGGUUGUUUAUCUGAAAUUCAGCUGGUCAUCCUGCAUUGUGUCUGGGGAUGCUACCCUAUGACUUUUCCCCUCUCCCUUCGGUCCCAGGGGGCCAGGGACCCCAAGGAUUUGACUUAACCAGUUUUUUGAACUGCAAUAUUGAGAAGGGGACACUGUGACUUGAAGACACAUGAAUUUAUUUUUUAAGCGACAAGAUAAGAACCUUCUGAAGCCAUUUGAGCCUCAUCUGCCCCCUCCAUGUGUAUUUAAUUAUAUAUAAAAGAAGAUAAUUACCUAGAAACAUAUGAAGAGAAUCUUGUUUAAUCAAGAUGCAUGUCUACAACUUUCUGUAAAUAGCCGCAUGGCAAUGCUGAGAGUCCCCUUGACCCCCCAACCGCAAACCUGUUUUACAGAACUGGUUGAGGCUGUUUCUUUGAUUUUAUGUUGUGUAAAGUCUUUGUCCCCUAGCCCCACCCCUGUCUUCUCCCAUUGGGAAACCCCCCAUGGGAGCCAUCAGCAGGCGGGAGUCGGUGCCAGCUCCCGUCCAGUGCUGCCACAGGAGAUGCUGGAGGACCCUGUCGCCCUGAAGGCCUGUUUGCUGCACAUCUGUCUGCAGAGCCAACCUCGGGGCCCGGUGCAGUGUCCAGCCUGGUAUCUGGCAUCCCAGUAGCUUCUGUGUCCUGUGUAUGUGUGUGGUGUGCCCCUUCCUCCCACUGUCUGAAUUCACUGAAAAGCCAUAAAGGGGGUCUCCUGCUGGAGACUGGGCCUCCCUAGGCUCCUCCCAGGAGCCCCCAUGUCCCUUUGACUGGCUCCCCACAGAACACUUGUGAAGGGCUUACCUGUUGUCGCCCCCUUCUGCUCCCUCAGCCCUGUGUCAGGAGAAUGGACAGUGUCUAGAGCUUCCAGUGGGGCCUUAGGAGAUGCCCAUGCUGGCCCUGCCCGAGCUGGCGUCCUCAGCUUGGCUUCACGGUUAGCUCCAUUUCUACUCUGGGUGAGGCAGCAGUGGGACUCCCUGGUUCUGGAUACCUUUCCUGGGGCCCCUGUGGAGGUAACCAGGACUUUCAGGAGCCGCCAGUCAGUGGCCCAGCCACGGGUGACAGAAUCAUCCCUGCUUACUCUCCUCUGUGGUUUCAGGGUCCAUGGGUGGUGAUGGAGGAGGGACUCAGGGAGAAGCCGGUGAACACAGGGGCUGAUGCUCUGCCUUCACACGUCUUCCUGCGGCCUGACAGAAGCAGCCCAAUAGCGGGGCGACCUCAGGGCUACCAGGGCUCCUCUGAGAGUGGGGUAGGCAGGUUCAGCUGUGAGGGAGAGUCAGAGGCUUGGGCAGAGCAGGUGUGAACUCAGCUCCCUGGCCUUCACACCUGCUCCCCAGAGUAGCCCCAGCCAGUUGCACCAAGUAGCAGAGAGGAGAGUAGAGAGGCCUGGGAGCUUCUGAGGCCCCAGGUCAUCCUGUUGAACUGAGAGGGAUAGGUAGCCCCACUGCCUGCAGCCCCUGGCCCCACGAGUGCCUGAGGGCAGUAAUGCAUGGGAAGAUCCCAGGACACCUUAGGCUUGGCAACUGUGAUGAGUAUGAGGAAGGAGAGAGAACAGGAGGGGAAUCAGGCAGGGCACAUUCGAUGAGGCCAGAAGUGGCGAGGUGGGCUUGCCCUUCACAAACCACACCUUGUGAGCACACAGAAGUCCCAGGGACCUUUGUGCUGGAACAUCAAAGAGUGGGGAAGGUGGAGGGGACCCUUUCAGAACAGGCUGGAAUCAGAUGCUUGGAUGAGUGAAGACAUGUCUUGCUUCCUCCAGCUCUCUCUGGGGCCCUCCCACUCUCCAUACCCACAGCAGAGACAGAAAUUGAGACAAGAGUUGAGAGCGUCUGUAUGGCGAGGUGAUGGGAACAGUGUGCGUGGGGUGCCAAGAGUUCCUCCAUCCCACCUGCCUUAGAGAUCAGGACUUUAGGGGGGCCUCUUCAAAGAUGCUGACCCUUCCGCCCUGAAUACUGCCCAUCUAAGGACUUGAUUUGCUGCUUUCUGAAAACCCUAGGGCUGGAAACUUCAAAACCAGGGCCUGGCAGAGCCUACCUUCACCCAGAUCACCCCACCAGGAGCCCUGCCUUUGUCUCCAUAGGAAGGACACAUGUACAGUCCUCACCCUCCCCAUUCCCCACCUCUGCUUGGCAAUGCUCUCCAUCCCCCUUAUGUGGACUCUGUUGUUCUUGUCUGAUCUCUUGUCAAAUUGUUAUUUUGUAAUGAGCUGCGCCUCCUUAUUAAAGAAAUGAGCUGAAAGAAA